UCGUCCUCAUCAUACUGGCGUCAUGUUUGGAAUCAUACCAAAAGAUGCCUAUGUUGGUGAUGAAGCUGAGUCUAAAAGAGGUAUGUUGACUCUGAGAUAUCCCAUUGAACACGGUAUCAUAAGAAACUGGGAUGAUAUGGAGAAAAUGUGGCACCAUACGUUUUACAAUGAGCUCGGUGUUGCUCCAGAGGAGCAUCCCGUUCUUCUAACUGAGGCACCACUUAACCCCAAGGCAAACCGAGAGAAAAUGACUGAAAUCAUGUUUGAAGAAUUCAAUGUUCCAGCCAUGUAUGUUGCAAUUCAGGCUAUUCUUUCUCUGUUUGCUAGUGGUCGUACAACUGGUAUCGUGCUUGAUUCUGGUGAUAGUGUGAGCCACACAGUCCCAAUCUAUGAGGGACAUGCACUUCACCAUGCUAUCUCGAGGUUAAAUAUUGGUGGUCGUGAUCUAACAGAUUAUCUCAUGAAUCAGAUAGAGAGACGUUAUACAUUUCACACUCCCACUGCAUCAAAGAUUGUUCAUCAUAUGAAGGAGAGGAUUACUUAUGUUGCACUGGAUUUUGAACAGGAGAUUGAGGAGGCAAAAAAUAGUUCUUCAGUUGACAAGGGCUAUGACCUUCCUGAUGGACAAGUCAUUAUUAUUGGUGCUGAGAGGUUCCAUUGCCCUGAAGUCCUCUUCCAGCCAUCAUUGGUUGGAAAGGGACCGAUAGGAAUUCAUGAAAAAACCUACAACUCAAUCAUGAAAAGUGAUGUUGAUAUUAGGAAAGAUUUAUUUGCGAACAUUGUGCUUAGUGGUGGUUCAACUAUGUUUCCUGGCAUAGCAGAACGUAUAAGCAAGGAAAUCUCUGCUCUUGCUCCAAGCCACACGAAGAUCGAGGUGAUUGCACCACCUGAGAGAAAGUACAGCACCUGGAUAGGAGGAUCAAUUAUAGCUUCCCUAGUUUUUUUCAUGCAGAUGCCAAUAACAAAUAGGGAAUAUGAUGAAUGUGGUCCCUCAAUUGUCCACAAGAAGUGUCUCUAAACUUGGUUGAGAACAGUUGGUUACACAAGCAGACUUUUCAGUAGCGUAGAAUGUGUAUUUAGUUUUACAAGAAAAUACAUCGACAAGAGAUGGUGAAUUUAGAAGGAUAGAUCUAUGUUUUUAUGCUUAGCAUGCUACUUGGGUUCAGAAUGGAUUUCUGUUUAGCUUUGAAGAUGUUAUACUCAUUUGAUAUGAAUGAAUGCAAAUAUAGUCUGCAAAUUCAA